AAAUUGUGCCGCUUUUUAAAACGCUCUCUCUCCACAACGCAAUGAGAGCGCUCGCUGCUCAGAUUGGUCGAUUUAAAGCCCGUGCAUUAAAACGUCAAUGACCUCAGUAGUCUGGCGUCUUCGCUUCAGUCUGUCACACGCCUACUUUUCCACCGACAGUAUAGCGAGGAGGACACGUCGCGCGCCUGGGACAGGGACAUGUACUUUUCGCUUUGAAAAUACGUAUUUCCUCUGUGUUUCAGGAAACGUUUAUCUGCAAAUUCCAAUGAAGCAUCUCUUCAUGCCACUGAAUAACGAUCCUUGAGACUUUGCUGUUCUCAGCCAUGAGCUGCUUGGAUGUUAUGUAUCAAGUCUAUGGUCCUCCACAGCCGUAUUUCGCUGCAACCUACAGUCCCUAUCAUCACCAGAAACUAGCAUUUUACUCCAAGAUGCAAGAAGCGCAAGAUAGUGUGAGUGGUGGAAGCUCUUUCUCCGGACCAACGAUAAAGGAAGAGGACUGUACGCGGGAGAAGGAUCAUCCCCCCGAAGCCGAGUACAUCAACUCGAGAUGCGUGCUCUUCACCUACUUCCAGGGGGACAUCAGCUCCGUGGUGGACGAGCAUUUCAGCCGCGCGCUUAGCCAGCGCGGCACCUACGUCUCCAGCUCCGCAAGUGCAAAGCCCACACGAGAUGGAUCAUUCCCCAUGAGCCAAAGAAGUUUCCCGCCGUCCUUCUGGAACAGCGCUUACCAGCCGUCAGUGACCAGCUCCUUGGGCGGCACCCUGGGGGCCGGUCAUGUGGAAGUACCCUUCCCCACAGACCCUUACUCCACAGCCUCCCUGCACAGCCAUCUGCACCAAGCCCCCCCAGAAGCCUGGCACCCGACCCAUCAUCACCCGCACCACCCGUACUCUCUGAGCGGGCCCAUCGGCACCCAGGGCUCCGCCUACCCCCGGCCCGGCGUUCACGACGUCUACGGCACGCACUUCGACCCGCGCUACAGCUCACUGCUGGUGCCCUCGGUCCGGCCUCACCGGCUCACGCCCGCCACAGUGCCCACGCCCGGCACCCCGCAGUGUGACAUCAACAAGAGCGACGCCGGCGGCUCGGCAUGGACGGGGACGUUCUCGGGACCCGGCUCCGACAUGAGCCAAAGCCUCAGCAUAAACAUGGACGCAGCUCGACGUUACACCCUCUGCGGCGGGACCAUCCUGAGCUGAGGUUUCGCCUCUGUGGACAUCCCCCCCCCCCACACGCUAAGCCGUCCAGAACCCGGGUGGACAAGAGAGCGUGAGCCACAGACACGCAUGUCUCCAGCCUGAGAGAGAGACAGAAUGAGGCUGUAGGACUCUAAAAGAACAGCUCCCCAGAAUGCAAACUGGUGUAACUGGAGGCCGGUUCCUUCUCUGUUCCUUGUGUGAAUCGAAGGCUGCUGCCUCUUCAUGAGGAACCUUGAGGGGGGAAAAAACCACCUGAGCCCUCUUAACCAGACAAGCCUGCGAAUGUUUUUAUGAGAACUUUUAUGUUUUUAUGAACAAAUGAAGCAGACAUGGAGACAUGUGGGGAAACGCAUCAAUCAAUGAAACGCAGAACUACUUUUUGACUUUUUUUUUUCUUUUUAAAUGUUCAAUGCUGCAUUUUUUUGUUGUUAUUAAGAACGAAUAAGUGAUUUCCAAGAGAGGACACUUCUUUUAUGACUGAAGCGACCGGUGGGGGGGGAGGGGGGUUCUCUGCGGCUGCUCGCUUUGCCUGUAGCACCUCCGCAGCUGUUACUGACAACUGCUCUCCAACUGGACAGACACACAUUCGUUGUGUCACUCGGUCGGACCAAACAAGUGCUCGGGUCUCCACACAAGGAGUGUGUUGUCAGAUCAGGACUCCCUGCCCACGAUGAACAACUGCUCCGAGGGCGAGACAGUGGGGUUGAACACGGGGACACACCAGCUCUGUCUCAGCCAGCUCUGUCAAUCUGUGUGAAGUUAAUGUGUGUGUGUGUGUGUAUGUGUGCGUGGGUGUGAGGUCUGCCCUCCAAUACAUACGCUAUAUUUCAGGGGGGUCAGGAAAUGGUAUUUGUAACAGUGGAAAGAGUUUCAUUGAAGAGUUUUAUCUAUAAUGCAGAUUUCCAUUGUUCGAUAUUCAUUGUCAGUAGGCCCAUGUUCCAUGUCUAACAUUUAGUGGGCAUUUUUUUGAAAUUGAAUAUAUUAAUAUAUUGACAAUUUUAAGUAUUUUUUCCUCUUAAAAUCCUGAUUUAAAUGCUACAUUUUGUCUGUAUUAGCCUGCGAAUAUAUGAGAGGAAGGUACAAGAUCAUUAAAGCUGAGAAUGCAGUUCUAGCGAA